UGCGCAGUGGAGAGUUUCAGAGCGACCGCGCAGAAAGGAGAGCGAGAGGAGAGAGGAAGGGAGAAGAAGGAGGUGUCGGACCUGCUCCACUGGGAUUCGGCUGCAGCUCGGCGCUCGGUGCUAUCGGCGGGCUCAGCUCACAAAAGCGGGACGGGGCUGCAAAAUCCUCUACAUGGCUGUGAGCGGCGUCUCGUAGUUUGGUCCUCUUCGGUCAGUCAAGGCUCCGCUUGGAUGAAAUUUGGAAACAUAUCACCGAAAAAAGGGAGCGUUCAUGGGGAGACUCGUCGCGCAAAGCGCCCGGACUGUCUGACUGGAGCAUUUGGACGUUUUUAGAGCUGUCUGCCCAGGUUGCAGACCAAAGCGUGUACCUUUUUCUUUUCUUUUUUUUUUUUUUUUUUUUUUUUUUUUUUUUUGCUUUUAGCUGGGUCCGUGUAGUUUUUCGGGGCUCCGGUCAUGGCGGACCAGGAGGAGACGUUUGCCGUGCAGAACUCUCCGGGAGGUUCGGAUUCAAGGGAAUUACAGAACGACAAUAAACCCGAGAAACAGACCGGGACUUCGGGGAAAUCCCCAUCAUCGCAGACAACUUACAUCCAGCAGGGAAUGGAAGGCAUAAAGGUCUACCUGCACGAAAGGGAACUGUGGAUCAAGUUUCACGAGGUGGGCACGGAGAUGAUCAUAACCAAAGCUGGACGGAGGAUGUUCCCCAGCUUCAAGGUUAAGGUGACCGGAUUAAACCCCAAAACGAAGUACAUUCUUCUGAUGGACGUGGUUCCUGCAGACGAUCAUCGAUACAAAUUUGCCGACAAUAAAUGGUCCGUGACCGGGAAGGCAGAGCCCGCCAUGCCCGGGAGGCUCUACGUCCAUCCGGACUCCCCGGCGACGGGGGCGCACUGGAUGAGGCAGCUGGUCUCCUUCCAGAAGCUGAAGCUGACCAACAACCACUUGGACCCGUUCGGACACAUCAUCCUCAACUCGAUGCACAAGUACCAGCCGAGGAUUCACAUCGUGAAAGCGGAUGAAAAUAACGGCUUCGGCUCCAAAAACACGGCCUUCUGCACUCACGUUUUCCCGGAGACGGCAUUCAUUGCGGUCACGUCUUACCAGAACCACAAGAUCACUCAACUAAAGAUUGAGAACAACCCGUUUGCAAAAGGCUUUCGUGGAAGCGACGACAUGGAAUUACACCGGAUGUCCAGAAUGCAAAGUACCAAAGAGUACCCUGUUGUGCCUCGCAGCACGGUGCGACAGAGGGUCGGCUCCAGCCACAGUCCGUUCAGCGGGGACGUCCAGGGCAUGGCCACACCCAGCACCCUGAGCUCCCAGUACUCCCAGUGUGAAAACGGGGUCACAAGCACCUCCCAGGACUUGCUGCCUCAGUCUGGCUCCUACCCACUUCCACAUGAGCAUGGACAAGAUUACUGCAUCAAGAGAAAAGUUGAUGAUGACUGUCAUUCAGGCGAACACGGCUAUAAGAAGCCAUACCUGGAAAGUUCUUCCAGUGAGGAGGACCACUACUAUCGUCCCGUUGGCUACCACCAGAGCCUCAGCCUCGCCAGCGGGGCUUACCGCAGCGAGUCCAGCCAGCGGCAGGCCUGUAUGUAUGCCAGCUCCACACAAGGUGCAGAACCCGUUCCCAGUUUGGAGGACAUCAGCUGCAACACGUGGGCCAGCGUCUCUCCUUACGGCAGUUGUUCUGUCACCACCAUGCAGCCGAUGGAGAGGCUCCCCUAUCAGCAUUUUUCCGCUCACUUCACCUCAGGGUCUCUGGUGUCCAGACUAGGAGGGGUGGGGGGACACGGCUCUCCACAGCUGGGUGAGGGCCACCAUGCAGCGAUGUACCAGAGCUCCAUGGCCCAUCAGACUCUGGGCCGCCAGUGCAGUCCUGGAGCUGGGAUCCAGUCACCGACAGCUGGCUUACAGGGAAACGAGUACCUCUAUGCACACGGCAUACCACGCACUCUAUCGCCACACCAGUAUCACUCUGUACAUAGUGUAAGCAUCAUGCCAGAGUGGAGUGAGAACAGCUAAGAAUCGAACAAUUGCAAACAUUGAAGGGGAAAAGGAAGAAAAUGGACCAAAUAAAGCAACAUUGGGUCAGUUAUAUUUAUAGUUCCAAAGACUUGUUGCAGUUAAUCUUAAAAGGAACAAUAUUUCUUCACUGAGGGAAGUUGAUAUUUGUUGGGUGAUUUGCCAGGAGAUAAGUGCGUAUCUUAUCAAGUAGGAUGUUUUAGCAGAAUCUGCACUUAUAAACAAGCAACAUGAACACAAACAAACAUUGGGCUGGACCAGAACACUCAUGAAGUCUGCUCAAGUGCAGAGAAAGCUGACACUGAGCAGAUCAGAAAUGCUUCGGAUGCUUGGCCAGGAGGCUCCAGGUUAAAGGUGUUUUUUCUGCAGCAUUUUGUUUUGAAUGAUAGCAAAAAGCUGUUGUAUUUCCUGAAUGUUUGUCCUUUCUCACAUUUUCCCAACCAGACAGUUUCUAUGACAUUUUUGUAGCAUAUUUGCCUUGUAAAAAAAAAAAAAAAAAAAAACUAAUGACAGGACUUAAUGUCAGUUUUGUUGUGGCUCUUUGGUCAGUGUGUUCUUUCCUUUAAAUCAGACAGAUGGUUUUAUUUGCUUAUAGAUAGAAUCAUUUAUUUACAUUCAAGUCAAAUACCUCAUCAAUUUUAUUAGGUUUAUGAGACAAUAUCUUGUAAACAUACAUACCUCUUAAAUAUUCUCACAAUUCACUCCAGUGAAUUUAUUGGGAUUUUAUGAAUUAGCCCAACAGAAAGUAGUGCAUAAUUGUGAAGGUGUCAUAAAAAUGAUGCAUGGUUUUCAAAAUGCUUUACAUAUAUAAAUCUGACACAUUUGGAGUGUGUAAUCAUUAGGAGCUAUUUUUUUUUGCACACCCAGACUGAAUCUGAUUGUUUAAAACGCUUAAUUACAAUUAAAUUAGAGCUUCAAGGAGAAGGCAUCACAUGUUCUUGUAUUAAAAAAGAAAAGCCAAAUGUAGUAUCAUUUGAUUUGACAUGUUUUGAAAUAAACAUGGAAUACUUAAAGGGUUCUAAUUUCUGUAGUAGUGUGAUCUUUAAUUUCAGGAUCAACAAUGGGAUACGUUGAUGAACUUUUGUAGGUUAACAGUUUCCAGGCUAACAGUUCCCCCGUCUGAGAUAAUGUCUGGCGUGAUCAAUUUUCCAUCUCACCUAGAGUUUUUCCGUAAGACAUGCAGGUAGCCCCUACAUGUCUUGUGCAAACAAGAACAUACCAACAGGACUUCUUGUGGGGUUUUUUCACCAAUGACUUUCUUGCAACUCUUCCAUAAGGGCCAUAUUUGAAGAACCCACAUGUCAGAUUCUCAAAGCUAAACUGUGGGCCUCUUUAGCUAUCCUUGAGUCCGUUAAAGGGAUGGUCAACUCCCUUUAACUAUCCUGUAGCCCUUGAUUAAUUCUCUCCCUGUCUGGCCAGUUGAUUUAAUUUGAUCUCACUUUGUGAGUUUGCAGUUGAGCCAUAGACUUGAUGAUGAAAUGAAAAAUGUUCCAGAAGUUUUUUAAAUCUUGGGACAUUGUUUAUCACAACACUGCUUGAAACCUAACAGGCAUGUGAAGCGUUUUCUUCCAUGUGUCCAUGUAAUUUAUACAAGUUGAAUUUUUGAAUGAAGUCGUGUAUCUUUUCCUGUUCACUCCACAAUUAUGCACAAUUUUAUUUUUAUUCAAACCCAGAAAAUCCCAAUGAAAUAUCCAGUAGCUGUUUCUGCAAUAAAGAAAACUUCAAGGGGUGUUAAUAGUUCAUCGUCGCAGAGGCCUUUAUCACACCUAUUGCUGCUGAGUGCAUUCAAGAUUUGAUAGGCAAGGCAAUAUCAUGCCGAUUCUCUCCCAAACAUAUUCUAGGAAAAGCUACAGGUGGAACCUAUUUUUUUGUGCAUGAAAUUAGAUUAAAUUAGGAUUUCUUUGUAGUUUUCUUUUUGCUCCAGUAAUUAAGCCAAUAUUCAACCAUCUUUUAUUCCUGGGGUUCAUUUGGCUUCUUCAAUCUUAGGACUGCCAUUGCAGCGUUAGUGGAGUAUGAUUUUUAUAUGAUUGUGUCAAACUGUCCCUUGCAGUAAAUAUGUAAACGAUAUGCAUUCUAUGCAUACUAUACCAACCUUUCACCAGAAUCCCACUGUAAAACUUUUGAAUUAGCCCUUCAAAAAACUUUUAAAUAAUACAUUUUUAUUAAAUAAAUGAAGGAUAUAGACUUAUCACGUUUGAAAUAAUUUGUUUAUGAAUGGUGGUUUGUAUGAUAACAAAUUGCCGCUCUUAAUAAUAAAUAGCUAUGAGUCAGGUUGACUAAGAUGGUCCUCAUGUUGAGUUGUAAUGAUGCACACAAUGAAGCUGCUAGUGCACAAAGAAGGCAUAAGCUUGAUACACAACAUUUUGCAUUGGUGAGGAGUUUAAAGAUUAAAUCAGAAAAAGCAAAAAGAUCUAAAAAUAUUUUAAAGAAACCUACGAUAAUAAAUUUUUUUCAGGACGGAAAAGAACAAGAUUUUCAGUAUAUAACAGGAAAGCUGAAUGGAUUUAAACAAAUGGGAUCAUUUGGGGUUUAAAUUUUAUUAGGAUUAUGCAAGAAAAGUGCUUUCUUUGUGAUGCUAAUUGUGCUAAACACCUUGAUUCCUAAUAUAAUAAGCAAAACAUUAAUUCCAUCAUUGUCAUUGAUAGCAACUGCUCACUUGCAAAUGUAGCAUGAAGUAAGUUUUGCCCAUAAUGAAAAGAAUAGUAGCCCCUAAAGAUGCUAGCUUUUGCAGAAUCCAGGAAUCACAAAUUGACUCCAGGAUUUUAAUCGCAGACUCCAUAAUAACAUUUAGAAAGAAAAUUUAAAUAUUGUGCAUGUUAAAGAAACAUAACUCUUUGUAACCCGUUCCCAUCUCAUUCAUAUUGCAAAAGGAUGAUUGGAAACACUAUAGAAAUACCACUUUAGUUGGAGUACCCCAACUCAUUUUAUGAAGAAUAAAAAAAUAGGUUUUUAGAAUCCAAUUUGGAUUCAAAUUCAAUUACACAAGGAUAAAUAAUAUUAAAUUUUUUAAAAAAUCUUUAUAUUAUGAGCUCUUGUUCAGAGGCAGUUUAGUUCCUGAGAGCUUUCCAUUAAAAAUUUGCUUUGACUUCAGGACGUAAUGCUGUUGAAAUAUUUUAAAUCAAAUGUCAGUAGCUACAAAUGCACUUAGAUUAGCAUUUAUUUUCUUUUUUGUAUGUCAUGGCCAACAACAACAUAGUGUGUAUAACAAUAAGAUUUCUGAUUCUCUGACUGAACAUUGUAUGUUUAUACAUACCCAUGUUGUACCAAGUAAUUGUGUUUUCUCAAAUAUUUCACUUCCAACAUCAGGAAAUUACUUUCAUACAGUCAAAGAUGAAAAGUAGAAGUUGAAGCUGAAUUUGACAUGGAGCAAAAAUCUGUUUCAUAUUUGGGAUGAGUAUGUUCAAGAAUUGUUUUUUUUUUGUUGUUUGUUUGUUUGUUUUGUUUUUUUACAUUUGAGGGAAGUGUUUGUAGUUAAUAGCAUUUUUUUGUCAAUAGUAUUUAUUUUUGUAACACCACAAAUCUGCCAGCUUUGCCAGGUUUAAAAUGAUUGGCCCAGUUUAUUUUUUUAUAGUUCACUUUUUAUGAUUGUACAGGAUUUUCUAAUCAUACUUAUUUAGAACAUAGGAAAUUACUAUACAGCUGUCAAGAAGUAUCCAAGACUGAAAAAAUGAGGACAUAUCUAACUUUGUAAAUAAGCAUGUAAAUAGCAAAAUACCUGCAAUAAAUGUAAAAGUUUAAAGCA